GCACAUUUGCAGUUCAACUCCUAAAACACUGAUGAAGUCCUGACAGUGAAACAUGAAGUAUAGCUCCUGGUCAUCUGGACAAAUCUGAAUAGAAGAGUUCCAUAAAACAAAUUGUGCAAAUGUCCAUGUUUGACCUUUUUGGCUCAGGAUGCAAGUGGUGUUGUGUGCUUUGGGCCUCUUUCUGGCCCUGCUUCAGCUGUCUACCUCUCUGCUGCUGGGAGCCUUCAACAUCAAGUCAUUUGGAGAGACGAAAGCCUCCAACGCCACUUUGAUGGACAUCAUCACCACGAUUGUCCACCGCUAUGAUAUCAUUCUAAUCCAGGAGGUCAGAGACUCCGAUCUGUCAGCAACCCGAAAACUCAUGGAGAAUGUCAACAAAGGUUCCCCUCGGUUCAGGUACAACCACAUUGUCAGUGAGCCUCUGGGUCUGAACUCCUAUAAGGAGAGAUAUCUCUUCCUCUACAGGGAGCAGACGGUGUCCGUGGCUAAAAACUAUAUCUACAAUGAGCCCUGUGGUGCGGACACCUUCAGCAGAGAGCCCUUUGUCGUCAUGUUCUCCUCCAAACAUACUGCCAUAGAGAACUUUGUUCUGAUGCCCCAGCACACCUCUCCAGACAAGGCAGUGGAGGAAGUGAAUGCCCUCUAUGAUGUGGUGGCUGAUGUCCGCACUCGCUGGAACACCAAUGAUAUUGUGCUACUGGGUGACUUUAAUGCUGGCUGCAGUUAUAUAUCGAACUCUGACUGGGUGAAGAUCCGCCUCUUCACUGACAAGAGUUUCCACUGGCUGAUCACAGAUGAAGCCGACAGCACAGUGUCACACACCAACUGCCCUUAUGACAGGAUUGUGGUCACAGAUGAUAUGAUAAGGGGAGUAGUGCUUGGCAGUGCUGAGGUUUACAACUACAUGAUGGACCUGAACCUCAGCCUCAGUCUGGCAUUAGCUGUCAGUGACCAUUUUCCUGUGGAGGUGAGGCUGACUGGCGAGGCUCUUGCUGCCUGAAUCAUGACUCCAGUCCUUCUACAGGUCCCCAGGCCGAUGACCAUGAUUAUUCAGUAUUGGGGAACUCUCACAAACCAUAAUCAAGUCAUGA